AACAUAAAAAUUAAAAUGUCUUCUCAAGGAUAUUCGCCGUAUACUAUGAAUGAAUAUAUAAAAAAUGUGGUAAAAUUAAUACUCAAUAAUUCGACUGCGAAGUUACCAAUUAAGAAAUCAGAUAUAAUUACAAACGCUGUUGGCGGGAAUACAAAGUUUUUUAAUGAUGCUGUUAAUGGAGCCAAAGAAAUUUUAUUAGAUGUAUAUGGAAUUAAGCUUCAUGAAGUACCUGAAUCAAAAUCCACAAAAUCUUAUAUUACUACUUCAACUUUAGAAUCUUCUGUUUUGGAAUUAACCGAAAAACAAAAACCUGAAUUAACACUAUUAUUUUUAGUUCUAUCAUAUAUAUUUAUGAAAGGUGAACCCGUUAAUGAAGAAGUCGUGAUUGAAUAUUUAAAAAAAUUGAAAAUUCCUAUGGAAGAACCUAACGAUAGUUUUCCAUUUGUUGUAAAGAAGCUUUUAACGGAAACAUUUGUUAAACAACUUUAUUUGAAAAGAACCAAAGUUCAACCAAUAUCAGCCAGUGAAGCAGAGUAUAUUCUUGAAUGGGGAUACAGAGCUCAAGAAGAAUUUUCAAAAAAAGAUAUUCUUGAUAUUGUAGCAAAUAUUUUGCAAAAACCUGCUGUCUGUUUUGUAAGGCAGCAUUCUGAAGUUCGUCAGAAAGCUGUGGAAAUGGAAAUUGAAGUAGAAAAUUAA